AUGGGAUUUCACAUCAAACAACUGUUUAGAAAGGGACGGGGGAAGAAGUCUAAAAAACCUGCUGACGGCCCGAGUCCAGAUGAACCCAAUGCGAGUGUGACAUCCUCAGAGCCUGGUGCAUCGCUGGCUGACGCCGGACCCCCUCUAGUAAUUGAGGGUUCCCAGAAUGGACUGCUCCAAAACCAACAGGAUCUGUGGCAAGCCGCUUAUGUCCAUCUUGAUCCUGAUGACCAACACAGACUAAGUCAUCUCCACGAGAGCAAUGUGAGCAGGAGUGUCAGUCGCGAAUCUCAGAUGGUAGAUAUAGUAAAUGCGGUUAUCAAAACCACUGAAAAGCGUUAUGAUGAAUACCAAAGGAAAGGGCUGAAGAUUAAAAGAUCCAAAGGAGCUGAUAUCAGCAUCCGAGACUCUGCUCUCAAGAUAGUCAGCGCGACAUUAUCCUUUCAAGACAUCAUCGGUGCUGUAAUUGCUUGCGACCCCACAGGUUACUCAGGGAAAGUUUGGGGUUUGGUAUCAGUGGGAUUGACCGAUCUGCAGGCUUCGAUUUUCCAAACAACAGAGUUCCUCACCGAUGUGUUGAGUCGAUGUGCUUUUAUUGAGACCCAUUGCCUAGGAAGUAAAAGUAGUGAUACCAAUGCGAAAGACAUGCUUCGAAAUGCUAUCAUUCGUGUUUACACUGCAAUUUUACGAUAUUCAGCUCGAAUUGUUUCAGUCCAAGAAUCAGGGGCUGCAUCGCGAUUUUGCCUUAGCGUAACGGCCAUGACGGAUCAACCAUUGAGCGCACUCAAGAUUGCUAUCAAAGAGGAGGAGGGAUACCUAGAAAAGUGGGUUCAGUUUAAUCAACAACUAGUUUGGAAAGAAAAGGCAGAGACCAUCCUUUCUCAGAUUGACAAUGUCUUAAGCGGUAUUCAAGAUAUAAGUCGGGAGAUGGAGCUUUGCAAAUUAACCAUCGCUGAAGGGGCCGCGUUUGAUUCAUACAUGAAUCAACAUGAGGUAGAAUGCCUCCCAGGAACCAGGACUGAUCUUCUUAAACAGAUUAUAGACUGGUCACAUUCACCUCAUGGUGAAUGCGUCUUCUGGCUCAAUGGAAUGGCAGGAACAGGGAAGUCUACAGUCUCACAUGACCAAGUGAACCCUUGCUCAGUUGUUAUUGUGGUUGAUGCGCUAGAUGAGUGCGACCCAGAAAAUGAUAUUGGCCUUCUACUUCGACUUCUCCCUAUGAUUUCAACACAAGGUGCAAUCGGUAUCCGUCUGUUUCUGACCAGCCGGCCGGAGAUUCCAGUCCGCCAAGGAUUCGAUAGCAUUUCGAAGGAUGACCAUCAGAGCCUUAGUCUUCAUGAGAUCGUGGAGUCUUCCAUUAAGCGUGACAUACUACUGUUCAUAAAUGAUAGAUUUGAAGAAAUGAGGCGUAAACUAUCGCUUCCGCAAGAAUGGCCCGGAGAGAAGAUUAUCCAAGAUCUGGUUAAUAUGGCUAGUCCCUUGUUCAUCUCUGCUGCUACCAUGUGUCGCUUUAUCGGUGAUAGGAGAUGGGACCCAAAGACCCGCCUGGCUAUAGUUCUUGGCUUAGCAGGUAGCGAGAAUGUUCCGACAAGCUACAUCUCCAAACUGGAGCACACAUACAUUCCGGUCUUAGAGCAAAUAUUGCAUAGCGAGGAUGGCGAAGAGGAUGAAGACGAGAGACAACAGCUGGUUCAAGAAUAUCGGAUGAUUGUCGGGACAAUCAUCAUUAUUUCCAACCCACUCUCUCUGCUGUCUCUGGCAAAACUUCUAAAUGUCCCGUCCAGUGACGUUGGCCGUAGAUUGGAUUUUCUUCACUCGGUUCUAAGCAUCCCCGAUGACCGGAGUGCGCCUAUACAGCUCUUCCACCAGUCAUUUCGAGAUUUCCUUCUCCAUCCUAAGGUCCGUGCGAAAACUGAGUUCUGGGUUGACGAGGAACAUACGCAUAAGGAAACACUCUUUAGAUGUAUAGAGGUGAUGACUCGAGAAAGGGGUGGACUCUCAAGAAAUAUUUGUGGAUUGUCGAGUGACGGAGCAGUACGAACUGAUAUAAGCGAUGCGACCAUUCAAGACCAUCUUCCAGCAGAGCUUCAAUACUCGUGUCACUACUGGAUUUAUCAUCUACAGAGGGGUAGGUAUCAAAUCGCUGACCAAGACCGGAUCCACAAUUUUCUUGAAACCCAUUUUCUUCACUGGCUGGAAGCCAUGAGUAUACUGGGACUGGCAUCAGAGGUCGUGGGCAGUAUCAGGACAUUACAGUCAGCAGUACAACCUGGGUCAGGACGUUUAAAUGCUUGGAUUAUCAACAACGCACCUCUUCAACUUUAUGCUUCUGCCCUGAUAUUUGCACCGCAAAAAUCAAUUAUCCGAAGGGCUUUCCAAAUGGAAGAUAAUUGGGAUGCACAACUCAUGACUCUGGACAUUAUGAAUCCUAGAGUGGUGGCAUUUUCUCCAGACAGCAAACUGAUAGCAUCUGCCUCUAUAGGCACCCCUGUGAAACUGUGGGAUUCAACCACGGGACUAUUGCUCCAUACCCUCGAAAGCGCCAUCCUUACUAGCGCCCUUGCGUUUUCUCCAGAUAAUAAUCAUCUGGCAUAUAGCACAUGGGAUGACACAAUCGAGGGCCACAUAGUCCAGUUAUGGGACAUAAAUACGGGAACAUUGGAUAAGACCUUUGAAGAAAAUGCUUGUUCCGUAAUCGCGCUGGCAUUCUCACCAGAUAACACGCUACUUGCCUCAGGAUCCCUCGAGCAUACAGUUGAUUUGUGGGAUCUAGCCACUGGUGCGGUAUUCCGGACCCUACAAGGCCAUUCUGGUCUAGUGAAUGCAGUGGCAAUCUCACCUGACGGCAGGCUAAUAGCUUCUGGUUCUACUGAUAAAACAGUGAAACUUUGGGAACUAGGCACAGGGGCUGUAUUACGGAACUUAGAGCACAGCGAACCAGUUGUAUUGGUGGGGUUUUCCCCAGACAACCAGCUAAUAGUGUCGGGCUCUUUGGAUGGAACGAUAUGGAUAUGGGACGCAACCACAGGCAAACUGCGGCAAACCUUUGACUCUGGAUUCAUCGAACUAUUUGCAAUUUCGCCCAGUAGUACACUGGAAACGAGUGGCUCUGUUCCCCCUCUGUUAUGGGGAAUGGUCAUGGGCGCCUUGUAUUACAGGUUUGAUUGGGAUACUCGACACAUUUCAACAGUAGCACUAUCACCAAAUCGUGAACUUCUAGUAUCGCGUUCCGAUGAUGGAAGUGUGCGACUAUGGGAUGCAACCCUGAUUGCAGAGCAAAAAGCCCUUCAGGAUCAUUCCGAUGAAAUUGUUGCGACUGUACUAUCUCCAGAUGCCAAGCUACUGGCGUCAGUUUCUGGUCGUCAAAUACAAUUGUGGGAUUUUGCAAAAGGAAUCCUACUUCACACUGUCGACGGAUACUGUGGAAAAUCCACCACAUUUGGAUUCUCCCCAGACAGUAGGAUGGUGGCGCUUCGGCCCCAAUCAGACAGCACAUGCGUUCAACUGUGGGACACAGCUACAGGCCAAAUUUCACAGACACUUGAGGACCAUCUAAAUACUGUCGACCGUAUAAUAUUUUCCCCCAGUGGUCAACAUUUGGCUUCAAUUGACGAAGAUGGGACAAUUACCUUAUGGGACACACACACUGGAGAAAGGCUCUACUCCCUUGAAUCCUACGGAAAUUGGGCGUGUAUAGCAUUCUCACCAAGUGGCAAGAAGCUUGCAUCAAGCGCUAAGAAUGUGGUGCGAGUGUGGGGUACCGCUACAGGCGUAUUGCAACAAGAACUGGAGGAGCAUCAGAACAAAAUCACUGUACUAAAAUUCUCACCUGAUGAACAGCUGCUUGCCUCAGGUUCCAAUGAUGCAAAAGUCCGGCUUUGGAAUCUAACCACAGGAGCAUUAUCUCAGACACUGCAAGAUAUUGGAGCGGUCAAUCAGGUUGUGCUCUCUCCAGAUGGAAGACUUGUGGCAUCAGGGACACUUUCCCAUACUCUUCGCGUAUGGGAUAGGAAAACCGGAAAACCGCUAUCUGUUUCCGAAGGCCAAUCGACCCCCUUUCGUAACGGAAUAAAUCAUUUACACUUUUCAGAUGAUAGCAGAUACUUGGAAGCAGACUUUGGAGCAAUUCGUGUACUUCCGUUACGAAGUGGUCAAGAGGCAGUCCCAUCUCCUCCGCUAAAGGAUGUGACGUUGGGAGACCAAUGGCUACACAUUGGACCAGAAAGAGUUCUUUGGCUGCCGGUUGAGUACCGACCAAAGACAUCUGCAUACCGUGAUGGUACUUUCGCAAUUGGAAGCGAAUCGGGGAUUGUUUCAUUUAUCACGGUCGAUAUCAAUGAAGAAACAAAUGGACUUGCUUGAUUCCCUGGGAACGAUGCGAUGACAUUCCCUGUUUCAACAUCUAUCGUGCACACUCCUUUCAGUCGAAAGAAAAGAUUGACAGCCGAGAUUGAGGUCCCUGGUAUAGACGAAAAUGGGUGUCAACAGUUUCUUAUCGGUCCGCAUUAUUGUUGGGGAGACCUCUCGUGUGAGGUUCAUGCAGAAUAACAUAUCAGAUGUUGUACAUGAGUUUUAACUUUGACUUUGUAAUUAGUGCGCCAUGAAUGCAUGUUAUAGAUUGUUAUAUAUCAUUCGGACAUUUUGUUCACUACA